CUUGUUUUUGGUGGCCGCUGCGCUAGUUGCCAGUGCGCUGAGUGCUCGUUUCGGCCCGCGCCGCAGCAAUACUGCACUGUCAUCUUCCUUCACACGAGUUUGCGGCUCUCCAGACGAGCCAGCUCCAUUUGAAUACUAUGGCCGAGCUGCACGCAUCAAAGCUACAGAGACAAGCGGACGCCGCGCCGUCGUGGGGCGCGGAACUGGAGCGCCUCCUGCGAGCGUUGAGCGACGACGAGGAGCUGCUGGACGAGGCCUCACACGCGCUGCAGGCGGCGACCACCGGCGCGGCUUUCGACGCGUCGCCGGCCGUCGCAGCCUUGGUUCGGCACUGCGAUACGUCCUCGCGCCGCGGUGAAGUGGCAUCGCGCGUCUUCUACCUGGAACAGGACGUCCAGCAGCGAGCCGCGCACGUGGCUGCGACGCAGUACGCCGAGGAGAUCGACGAUCUCAUUCAGCGGACGGAUGUCAUCGACGUGAGCGCCGAGAGCAGUAGCGACGACGAGGCGCCACCGGCGGCCGCUCAGGACUCCGACGACGACGGCUUCGAGAUCCUCCCGCCCCCCGCGGCCGACGAUGACGCGGCGCUCGCGCGGCGCCUCCAAGCCGAGUAUCGACAGGCGGACCGCGACCAGAAGAGAAGAGAGGAGGCCGACGCUGAGUUCGCGCGACGGCUCGCUGAGGGCCCCGUCGUGAUUGAUGUGGACCAGAUCGACCGCGACGAGCAGUUGGCGCGGCGGCUCUCCGAGGCCGGGCCGGCGACGCCCUGCGCACUAGAACCCGUCGCGCGCGUGACGCCGACGCACCUGGGCACGCGGCGCUUGCGCGUCGGCCUGCCGGGCGGCCAGGCCGUGACGUUCGAGUUAGAGGAGACACAGCCUCUAUCGAUGGUCUUCCCGCCGCUGAGAGAGAAGCUCGGGCUCGACGCGCGCGACGACCCGUACUCUACGUAUGUGCUGGCCCAGGGCGAGAAGCGCUACGACCGCGCCGAGCUCCUCAUGACCGUCGGCGCCGCGUGUGGCGACCACCGUCGCGUUCGCUUUCGGGUUGAGCGGCGAGACUUAGUCGGGCACAUUGUCAUGGGCAGCGGUUCGUUCGCGUCGGCGCCGACGAUCUUCAGGCUGACGGCGCACGGCCGCCCUUCGGCGAUUAUCGUGGUCCGCGAUCCCUUUGGAGACGGCGGUCUGCGAAUCGCGAAGGGGAUCGAGCGAUAUGCGGUGACCGGCGCGCACCACCAGCGGCGCGCGGACCUCAAAGCCGCGGCUUUGAACGGGGGAACGAAGGCGGCCAAGGCCAUUCGCGAGUGGCAGAAGGCGAAGCGGCGCGAAGAAUCGAAGGCUCGAGAGGACGAUCCAGAGCAUCGGACGGCGACGGUGCGGUACCUCGAGACGGCAACGGCGACGGUCCGCGCGUCGGGCGGCAACGGUUCGAUUGCGCUCGCCGAGCGGGGCACCUCAUCGUCUCGCCGCCAUUUUAGUCGCGGUGGUCAGCAUUUCGCCGGCCUCGCCGUGCCGGACGAAUUUAAGUCCAUGGCCGGCCAAGUCAUUGAUAUGGCCGAGCGCGCCGUCCUCGACCCGUCGUACGUCCCCCGCAACGGGCCUGGCGAUAACGCUACGCGGAUGCUCGCCGCCCGCGCGCUCCAGAACCAGCACGACUACUACAUGUGCCAGGGGUUGACGUACGGCCGGAGCGCGUCGCUCCCGAACCACAUCGACGGCGUCGGACAUUGGGUCGUAUUGUUCUCGCUCGGCGAUGAGUGCACAUUUAACGUGGGCACGGGACUAGUCGGUUCGGGCGGUAUGCAACCGGACCAACCCACCGACUCCUUCACGUUCCGGAGCGGCGACGCGCUAGUGUUCAACGGCGACCCGGCGCACGUGGCCAUACAUGGUAUGGACCGCGUGCACCCGAACACGAGUCCUGCAGUCCUGCCGCGCUGGUUGCAGAACAUCCGCGCGUCGGUUCAGGUUCGCCAGAUGUAAGGAGCGGCCCAUGUGAUAAGUACAUACAAAAUAA